AUGGAACAAUUCCGACGAAUAGGAGAGGUCGUUGGAAGUUUGAAGGCUCUAAUGGUUUUGCGAGAUGAGAUUCAAAUCAACCAAAGUCAAUGUUGUUUGAUCCUUAAUAUCUUCGAUCUGGCAUUUGAAACCAUCGCAGAAGAGAUCAAGCAGAACCUUAUGCUGGAAGAGAGGAACACCAAAUGGAAACCCCUUGAAUAUCCUAUGAGAGAACUGUGUAGGGUGUUUAAAGACGGUGAACUUUACAUCAGGCAAUGCUUGGACUCUAAAGAUUGGUGGACCAAAGUCAUCUCACUUCAUCAAAACAAUGACUGUGUUGAGUUUCACAUACACAACUUGUUUUGUUAUUUCCCUGCUGUUAUUGAAGCUAUUGAAAUUGCUGGAGAGGUGGCUGGACACAACCACGAUGAGAUGACAAAGAAGAAAGUUAUGUUAACGAGGAAGUAUGAUAGAGAAUGGAAUGACCCUAAGCUUUUUCAAUGGAGAUUCGGAAAGCAGUAUUUGGUCUCUCGUGAAAUUAGCAAACAGUUGGAGAAUGCUUGGAGGGAAGAUCAAUGGAGACUCAUAGAAUCACUGAAGGAGAAGAAGACCUCUACUGGACUUGCUUUGACGAAGAACGAGCAUCGCCUUGCUAAUAUGUUAAUCAAGAAACUGCUAAAUGGACCUGAGAAAUUGAACAAAAAACUUUUCCCCUGUUCAGUCCUGUUGGGGUCGAAGGAUUACCAAGUGAGACGAAGAUUGGGGCAGGGAAGAGAGUUUAAGGAGAUUCAAUGGAUGGGACAAAGCUUUGCCUUGAGACAUGUGAAUGGGGGGAUGCAAAUGUCAGAAGUAGAGAUUUAUACUCUGUUAUCAUUGUCUCACCCCAACAUAGUGCAACAUCUUUGUGGGUUUCAUGAUGAGGAGAAAAAGGAAUUCUUUCUUGUGAUGGAGUUAAUGAAUAAGGAUCUUGAUAGCUACAUAAGGGACAACUAUGGUCCAAGGAGACAGAUCUUGUUCUCUAUCCCUGUAGUGGUAGAUAUUAUGCUUCAAAUAGCAAGAGGCAUGGAGUACCUUCACUCCAAAAACAUAUAUCAUGGAGAUCUUAAUCCUUGCAAUAUCUGGCUCAAGCCAUGGAAUUCCCAAGAAGGCUAUUUUCAAGUAAAAGUAACAGGCUUUGGUUCAUCCAUGACGAUCAAUAAGGAUACUGCUCUUAGUCGAACCUCACCAUGCCAAAAUCCCCCUGAAGAGGAGAUCAAUCCUUGCAUUUGGUAUUAUGCCCCUGAAGUUCUAAUUGAGCUAGAAUGUAAUAAGACUAAAGCGUCUAACUCUAGCUGUAAGUACUCUGAGAAAGCAGACGUCUACAGUUUCAGCAUGGUGUGCUUUCAGUUGUUGACAGGAAAAGUGCCUUUUGAAGGAGAUGGAUCAAGCCGAAAUAUAAAAGAAGGGGAAAGGCCACUCUUCCCGUACCCUUCGCCAAAAUAUGUUGUUAACUUAAUUAAGAAGUGCUGGCAAACUGACCCAAGCCUACGUCCUACUUUCUCCUCUAUUUGUAGGAUCUUACGCUCCAUAAAGAAAUUCCUAGCCAUCAAUACUGAGUUUCUUAUCAUCAAUCCUGAACUGAACCAGCUUGAAUUGACGUGCCCACCAGUGGAUUACUGUGACAUAGAAGCAUUUUUCCUGAAGAACAUCCAAACAGAGAAGUUAUCUCGUUUACCUAGCGUAUCUCAAAUCCCUUAUGAAAUGUUUGCUUAUAAGAUUGUUGAGAAAGAGAAGACUAAUGCAAGCAUGACUAGAGAUAAUAGCUCUGAGCCCUUGGGCAGCUCAAUCUGUAAGGAAGAAAAUGAUAGUGAUGUCCAAAAGAAAGCCUCUAGGGAUGACAAUGCCUCCACAUUGGAAGAUCCAGGCCCUCUUGCAACUGACAUGAAGUCAUCUUCUUCUGACUCACAAUCUAUGUGUUCAGAGGUGCAGGUCAAGAAAUCUGCAAGAAUAAAACAUCAAACAGAAGAUGAAACCAAGAAAGAUCAAGGUUAG